AUGCCGCCCGCACUGGACCACCCCGCAGCUGUAGAACCCUUCUUCUUCCCUCGCUAUGGUUACACCAUCCUGUCCGUCGUCAUGGGAAUCGUGACGGUCACCGCGGUGAUUCUGAACUCCACGGUGAUCAUUGUGACACUGCAGCAUCGGCAGUUGCGGCAGCCUCUGAACUACGCCCUGGUGAACCUGGCGGUGGCAGACCUAGGCACCGCGCUGAUGGGCGGCGUACCCGCCGUGGUGUCCAACGCAGCCGGACGCCACGUCACGGGCAGGGCAGGCUGCAUCCUGGAGGGAUUCUCAGUCUCACUGUUUGGCAUCACGGCGCUGUGCACGGUGGCCCUGAUCGCGGUGGAACGCCUCUUCGUGGUGUGUCGGCCGCUUGGCAACAUCAAGUUCCAGGCCUGGCACGCGGCGGCGGGGGUGGGGGCAUCGUGGGCGUGGUCUGUGAUCUGGAACACCCCGCCCCUCUUUGGCUGGGGAGACUACCAGCUGGAGGGCGUGAAGACGUCCUGUGGUCCCGACUGGCACAGCCGUCGCCCUGGCAACGUGUCAUACAUCCUCUGCUACUUCCUGCUCUGCUUCGCCGUGCCCUUCGCUCUCAUCCUGGUCUCCUACACAUGGCUGCUCUGGACACUACGACAGGUAGCCCAGCUAGGCGGCGGUGCUUCGGCUAAAGCAGAGGCUAAGGUAGCAUGGAUGGUUGUAGCCAUGGUGUUAGCCUUCCUGAUUAGCUGGCUGCCCUACACCGUGCUAGCGCUGGCUGUGGUGUCUGACCCGAGUGUCCAGUUUAGCCCACUCGUCGCCAUGGUGCCGGUGUACCUCGCCAAAAGCAGCACAGUCUACAACCCAUUGAUCUACAUCUUCAUGAACAAACAGUUCCGUAAGUUUGCUGUCCCCUUCCUGUCCUGUGGGUACUGGAUAGAGGAGGAGUCAGAGGAGGAGCCUCACACAACUGUCUCCUCCGUCCAGGUGUCGCCUGAGCCGUGA